UUAACUCUUAUCUCGUCUGUUGGUGAAGAAGCCUUCAGAGCGUCUGGAGUUUUCUAAUUCGUCUUCGAGAAGAAAAGCCGUCACAUGUCCGCUGUGGUGGCUCAGUCCCACUUCAUCUUCGGCCUGCGGAGAGGGGUGGACAACAAUGUGUGUUUCUUCGACGAGCAGACCGUGGUGUUCCCCUGUGGAAACAACUGUGUGUGCUACAACACGGUCCACAGGCACCAGAGGUUCAUUCCAGGCUCAGAGAAAAGCCAGGGCAUGCGUGCUUUGGCCAUCAGCUCCAACCGGCGUUACCUGGCAGUGUCGGAGUGUGGCGAGAAGGCGACCAUCACAGUGUUCGACCUGCAGCAUGAGCAGGGCAGAAAGAGGAAGGUUCUGACUGCAGGGGAUGUGCCUGUUCAAGAGUUUGUGUGCAUGGCGUUUUCCCCUGAUUCCAAGUAUCUCAUCGGCCAGACAGCGGGUCCGGAGUGGAUGUUGAUCUUCUGGCUUUGGGAAAAGCAGAAAGUUCUGGCUUCCGUGAAGACCAGCAUUGCAAAUAACCCGAUCACCCAGGUCAGCUUCAACCCUUACAACAACAUGCAGCUGUGUGUGAGCGGGACGGGUGUGUUCAAGCUGUUCCGCUACUCAGAGGGAGCCCUAAAGCAGAGCAGCUUCCCAAAGGUGGAGAGCAUCAACUUUCUGUGUCACACGUGGAUGACAGCGGAGCGGGUGAUUGCUGGGACGGACACGGGCAGGCUGCUGGUGUUUGAGUCUGGUGACCUGCGAAGAGAGAUCAACACAUCUUCCAAGGGUGUGCAGGAGCAGCCUGACAGGCAAGUGGGGACGAGGAUGAUCAGAGAUACUGACGUAGAUGAAGCCUCGACUGUUUCUCGCAUCACAGCCAUCUUGUCCUAUUCCAAGGGCUUUGUGUGCUCCAUGGGUCCAGGCACUGUUUGUCUCUUUGAAAAGACAGAGGAGGACAGCUACAGGAAGAGCAGGGGGAUAAAGAUUCUCCCAGACCCACACAGCAAUGAGAUGACCCAAGCUGACUGUCAGGAGAUUGACACCAUGUGCAUCAGCCCAGCAGAGGAGACCCUGGCCAUCAGCACAGACCAAGGACAGCUGUACAGCGUCAGCCUGUCCUCUAUGGACAUCCACAAGGAUGAAAGGGUGCAUUUUGAGUUCCUCUCUCAGUCCUUCCACUCAAAGUCCAUCACUGGUUUAUCCGUCUGCCUGCGGAAGCCCCUGGCAGCCACCAGCUCUCUGGACCGCUCUGUCCGCAUCUGGAACUACGAGACAAAAGUGUUGGAGCUGUACAAGGAGUUCCAGGAGGAGGCGUACAGCGUGGCUCUGCACCCCACUGGCCUCUUCAUCCUGGUGGGUUUCUCAGACAAACUCAGGCUCAUGAACCUGGUUAUCGAUGACAUCCGCACCUUCAAGGAGUUCACUGUGCGCAGCUGCAGAGAGUGUGCUUUCAGCCACGGGGGCCACAUGUUUGCAGCGGUCAAUGGAAAUGUCAUUCACAUCUACUCCGUCACCUCUUUUGAGAAUAUCCUAAAUCUGAAGGGUCACAAUGGGAAGAUCCGUGGCAUUGAAUGGAGCCUGGACGACAGCCGGCUGGUGUCAUGUGGGAUGGAUGGUGCGGUGUAUGAGUGGAACACACAAACUGGCAAACGCGAGUCAGAGAGCGUCCUCAAGUCCUGCAGCUACACAGAUGUGGCCUUCUCCUCAGACUGUAAGAGCAUCCUGGCUGUGGGAAGCGACCUCAUGCUGAAGGAGAUCCAAGAUUGUCAAGUGCUGAGGGAGGUUCCUGCUGAUGAGGUGGCUCACACGGCCCUCGCAGUGUCUCACUCUGGUCGGGUGGUCUUCACCGGGGCGGCCAGUGGAACCAUCAGGGCCAUUAAAUACCCAUUACCCAUCCAGAAGGACUGGAUCAUGUACCAGGCUCACUGUGGCCCAGUUACCAAGAUGGUGAUCACCUACGAUGAUCAGUUCCUGCUGACAGCGUCUGAAGACGGCUGUCUGUCGAUGUGGAAGAUCAUUGAUAAGGAGGGCCGAGGACUGAAGAGCAACAGGCAGAUCGUCCACACCGAAGAGAUUCUUGUCACCAAGUCAGACCUGGAGGAAAAGACGCAGAAUAUGCUGGAGCUGAAGAUGCGUCUGGAGGAGCUGCAGAUGGAGAACGAGUACCAGCUCCGCCUGAAGGACAUGAACUACAACGAGAAGAUGAAGGAGAUUUCGGACAAGUUUACACAGCAAAUAAAAUCUCUGCAAACUGCACAACAGACCAUGAAGACAGAGAUGGAAAAAAAUGAGUGUGAGCACCAGGAGAGUUCUGCAGAGGUCAGAGUGAAACAUUCCAGAGAACUCAAGGAUCUGGAGACAUCCUACAGCCAGAAGCUCAUUGUAGAGCAUGAGAAGCACCAGGAUCUUCAGCAUCAGUAUCAGAGAAUGAAGGAGGACUUCGAGAUACAGCGGAAGUCUGCAGAGGAGCAUUAUAUCCAAACCAUAGAGGAGCUGACACAGUCAUACGAGGCCAAGCUGCAGGAGAAGACUCAGCAACUAGCUCAGUAUCAGGAGGAGGCAGAGCAGGAGAUCUGUGGGUUUAAAGAGAUCAUAAAGCAGGUGGAGGAGGACGAGGAGAGGAAGAUCCACGACAUCCAAAUCAAGUAUGAGAAGAAGCUGCACACAGUUAAAGAGACCAACACAAAUCUGAAGGGAGAAACAGGCAUCAUGGCUCAAAAGUUCCACAGUCUUCAGAGGCAGAUUGAGGACAGGGGCACUGACAUUAACAAGUUGAAGCAGGAGCGUCAGCGGCUGCUGGGUUUGAUCCGCUCUCUGGAGAGUGACAUCGAGGACCUGAAGAGACAGAUCGCUGGGCAUGAAAAGACCAACCAGGACAAGGAUAAGACGAUCUCUGGCUUGAAGAAGAAGAACCAGGAACUGGAGAAGUUGAGGUUUGUUCUCGAUUUCCAGUUGAGCGACUUGAAGAAGCAGACCGAGCCUCAACAAGACGAGAUCAGUGAAAAGAAGGAGAGGAUCCGUCAGCUGCAGGAGGAGCUGCUGCAAACUGACCAGAGCAACACUCAGCUGAAACUCACCGUCUCGGACCUGAGGCUCAAACUGAGGACCAGAGACAAGGAGAUGCACAAGGAGAUGCAGAAACUGAAAGAUCUGGAGAUACACCUGCUGCGGCUCAAGUCAGACCUCCAUAACUGUGUUGGCUUCAUCCAAGACCCGAGGAAACUGAAGGAGAGCGUGCAGAUGAUCUACACCCGCUACGUACCGGAGACUGAAGGGGUGGAGAAAAGCGGCGUAGACCAAGAUGUUCAGAGGGCGUUCAUUCGCCAGCGCGAUCACCAGGAGAGGACCGUUAAUAGUCUCAAGAUGAGGGCUGCUAAAUCUGCUGAGGAACAUGAGGAAACCUACUUACGGAUCAUGAAGGAGAAUGUUUCUCUGAUUACUGAAAUCAAUGAUCUGCGUAAGGAGUUGUGUUUGGUGAGAACUCAGGUUGGAGAUUACAAAGCUCAGCUGACCUCGUACAAGAGGUCCCACCAGUUACGUCCCAACUCAGGGGAAGGACCCAAAAAGGAGCCUACACAUGAGGACGUCAGUUAACUGACCUUCCUCAACCACCUCCUCCAUAUGCAGGAAACUCCACAGAGAUGAAUACUGAGGAUUUCUGGAAGGAUUUGAAAAGGGCUACAAGCUUGUUUUUUUUUACUUUAGAACUGAAGAUAUUUGUAUUACAAUUAUGGUUGAACAUUUUAUAUAAAUAGAACAUGUGCAGUCUCUAGU